UCCGCCGCGGGCGGGGCGGGGCGGGCGCAUGGCGGGCCCGCGCCCUCCGUGCCUGCUGCUGGGGGCGGCGGGCGUCGGCAAGAGCCUGCUGGUGAAGCGGCUCCAGAAUAUCCGGGGCCGCCCUGGCGGGGGGCGCCCGAGGGGCGCGUCCGGGGCCCGAUCCCAGCGUGGCAGGCGCAGCCGUGUGCCCUUCUGGCUGGUCCUUAACCUGCGUGCACAGCUGAGCUCCAAGGAGGGGGCCCAGGGCCUGGGUGAGCCCCCGGCCACGCUGCCGACGGUGGGCACAAAUCUGACGGACCUGUUGCUGCAGAGAAAGAUCACGAUCCGAGAGCUGGGGGGCUGCAUGGGCCCCAUCUGGCCCAGUUAUUAUGGAGACUGCAGUGCUGUCCUGUUCAUGAUUGAUGCUGCCAACCCCACCCAGAUCUCCUCGUCCUGCAUUCAGCUGCUGUCCCUCCUCUCUGCAGAACAGCUCGCGUCUGUGUCUGUGCUGAUCCUCUUCAAUAAGAUUGAUCUGCCCUGCUGCAUGUCGCUGGUGGAGAUGAAGUCACUGUUCCGCAUGCAGGACAUUGUCUCCUGCGCAUCGCAGCCCAUCACGAUGGUGGAGACCAGCGCCCGUGAUGGCACCGGCCUGCCUGACGUCCUGCAGUGGCUUCAGGCCACCCUUAGAGAUCCCAGCUGACACUGAGGCAUGCCCUGCCCCGGGUGUCUGGGCCAAGGGACUUGUGUGGCAGCUCACACACAGCCUGUCACCCAGAUGGGGCUCAAGGGAGUAAAGAAGGUGGCUGGAACAGCUGCCUGCACGGAGCUGUGGGUAGAGCUGAGGGCAGUGAGGUGGACUGAUGGUAGGAAGUAGCUCUUUGAGAUGUCACAGUAAAACUGUGAAGCCUCCAGACUUCCUACUUACUGUACAGACUGGCGGUUAUCCUGUGACUGGGUAGAAAGCCCUGCCUUUCGUGGGAAGGAAUGACCAGGAAUCUUGGAGGUCAGUCUCUCCUUCCCACGAUAGCCCAUCCUUAGCCUCUUCUAAGGCAGAACUCUGCCUUCAAGCUCUCCUGGUGAGAGUGCUGCAGUGCUCCUGGACUCCUCUCUGCAGGGUUCUGGGACAGGUGGAUCAGGUCAGACCCUGCCCUGUUCUUGUUUCGGGGCUGGAGUGGGCUGUGCAUUUCACCCAUCUGUCUCAGAUUCUAGAGUCCCUCUGCAAGCAAGACUUGCUGAGGCUUUGCUACCUAUGAGCAAAAGACUGUGGCCAGUUAAAAGAAUACAGCUCUUUUCUCCAGGUGUAGUGCUGUCUCUUGCAAGAAUAGAAAACCAUAGGUCUUGUAUCUGUGUAAAGAUGAAAGGUAAGGCUUCACAGAGGCACAGUCUCUGCUGCAAAUCAGCAGCUACAUAAUGAAAUACUAUGUAAGCAUGUUUACACAGAUUAAAAGCAACCCAAGUCCUA